UUUCUAGGUUCUCUCUCUGUUAUUUACUGACCCACUAACCGGACACUCCGCCCUCGAGUCCCCCGGUGAGGACAGCUUCCGUUACAGAGUUCACAGCUCGAGUUACAGACAGACACGCUAGAUCUCUCUCCGCGAUACAGGAUCAUUAGCGGUUAUUAACUAUCGCUAUUAUUUAACCGUUCGUUUUAAUAUUUGGGACUUUGUCUAUAAAAGGACAAGACACUUUUGGAAGAAACUCCGCGGAGUUUUUGUCUCAACUGUCAACAGUUUUCUGGAGGAACUAAACGGGAUCUAGGAAGUGCUUCGCUUCCAGUCAAAUAGAGAACCGAGAGAAAAGUUUUUAACCGCAGACAGACGAGACUUUUUUCUUUUGUUUGUUGAAAAGAGUCUCGUCAUCAGAAUAGUUGAACAAGUCCGUCUGGAUUAAAGCUGAUGCUGUUUGAAAAGAUCCUCUUGACUCACACGAACACACUUCCCCGGUGCUCGUCCGGAACGGGGCUGAAGCGGUCAUGUGUGACGGGCGUGGCGGGGUGGGGAAGUUUGUCCCGGUUUACCUGUGUCUGCGUGUUUGUUCAUGAGAUGUGGUUUGAGGCUCCACUGGGACGUGAACCCGUGAUAAUCUCACAGAGACAUUUCAUAUUCAGCCUGUAACUAUUGACUUCUGUGCUCAAUUCUGUUGCGUUUUACAACACGAGGAGACGCACUGGACUCAAUUUGGACGACCGGUAGUUUAUAUGGUGCCGCUGAUGAACUAGUCGGUCUCGGUUUCUGUCGGCUUUGAGGAGAAAAGUCGCUGUUUUAUUUAUUUUAAACCUUAUUUGUGUUUUAUGGGACAAAUCGUGGGAAGCUGGUGUACACGGAUACGAAUACAACAUGAGCUGAGACAGUUGAACUCUUGUCGGAAAGGUUUGGUAAAUCUCCCGGUUCAACCGUGGGAUUGUAUAUUUAAUGUUCUUCAGUAACACUCGGUCGGUAAUAACUGUUGGGUUAUAUUAUUGAUCCGUCAGUGAUUAUCAGUUAGGUAUUGAUAAAGCGUAGCGCCAUGGCUCUGUCUCAGGUGCAGUGUCUCGAUGAGCAUCACAUCAACUGGCGCGUGACCGAGUCCAAACCCGAGUUCUUCUACAGCGAGGACCAGCGGCUCGCGCUCGAGGCUCUGCUAACCGGGGGGCGAGAGGCCUUUAGCAGCUACCUCAGUGAACAUGACCUCCGACACUUCCUGUCUGAACCGGAGCUCCUGCGGUUGGCGCGCACCGUGGAGGCCUACCGGCCUGGAAGCGAGCACCUCAAGGCCGAGGCGGGAGCGAAGGAGUACGACGGGGGCAACGGGCCACUGUCAUUACAGUACUGGCCCGACCGCUCUGAAGGUUCUAUACCCGACCUGGAUCUGGGCUGGCCCGACGCCGUGUCAUACCGAGGAGUGACACGUGUCAACGUGCACACGCAGCCCCCAGCUGAUGGACAAACACACAUCAAGGAGGUGGUCCGGAAGACGAUAACACAGGCUCAGAAGGUUAUAGCAGUAGUAAUGGAUCAGUUUAGUGACGUUGACAUCUACAAGGACCUCUUAGAUGCGGCCUAUAAGAGAAGAGUUCCUGUCUACAUCGUCAUCGACACGUCUGCUGUGUCCUGUUUCCUGGACAUGUGUUGUAGAGCCAACAUGCACCAGGGACACCUGAAGAACCUGCGUGUGCGAUGUAGUGAAGGAGUAGAGUUCUACACUCGCUCGGCUCAGAAGGUCCGAGGUUCUCUCAGUCAGAGAUACAUGCUGGUAGACGGAGACAGAGCUGUGACUGGAUCAUACAGCUUCACGUGGUCGGCGUCUCGUCUGGACCGGAACCUGAUCACGGUUCUGAGCGGUCAGGCAGUUGAGACGUUCGACAAACAGUUCCGUGACCUCUACAUGACCUCUAGGGGUGUGUCCCUCGCCAAGGUUCCGCUGGAGGAGGAGCCUAUCCCUGACCUCACCCCCAUCGCCACCCCCGCCCCGGUCUCCGCAGCCGUUGCUAGGAAACUAAUCAACCCUAAAUACGCCCUAGUUACGUCACAGGCUAAAGCUAACAAUGCUAGCCCAGCUAGCUCUGCUAACGACUCUAGCAACAAGAACUCCACUACCCAAAAUCCACUGGGACGGGUUCUAAAGCCUGCCAGAGAGCCAGUGGAGGCCCCGCCCCUCCACCCAGGACUAGCCAAUCUGGAGAAGGCGUACCUGAUCCCAUACCUGCCCACCUCCGAGCCAGACCCCCUCGACGUGAUUGGCUUCAUCAACGUGAGAGACGCGUCCCGCCCCCAACAGGUCCACCUCCAGAGAAGUCAACAGUUUGAGACCAGCCAGGCCAUCAGGUUCAGCUCUCCCUUCAGCCUGCCUGAGAAACCCCUACCUGAGACUGCUACUCUACGGAAUACACAGCACGACAAACACACGCCUGAUACACAGAACCCUGAUACACAGAUCCCUGAUACACAGAACCCUGAUAUGCCUGAUACACAGAACCCUGAUACACAGAACCCUGAUACGCCUGAUACACAGAACCCUGAUACGCCUGAUACACAGAACCCUGAUACGCCUGAUACACAGAACCCUGAUACGCCUGAUACACAGAUCCCUGAUACGCCUGAUACACAGAUCCCUGAUACGCCUGAUACACAGAUCCCUGAUACGCCUGAUACACAGAACCCUGAUACACAGAACCCUGAUACACAGAACCCUGAUACACAGAACCCUGAUACGCCUGAUACACAGAACCCUGAUACACAGAACCCUGAUACGCCUGAUACACAGAACCCUGAUACCCCUGAUACACAGAACCCUGAUACACAGAACCCUGAUACACCUGACAUAAACCCCUCCGCCCCUCCAGUCCCUAAACCUCGCACCCUGCAGCUCCUCAUUAGCCCUGCCCAUUCUCACCAGUCUGGCCAACCACAGGUCAACCUGGUCCCCAGGACUGAAAGCCAAUCAGGGACACCGCCUGCCUCCAUCAGCCAAUCUGAAACACUGAUGGAUACCAAGUCCCGCCAUGGGCAGAGAGACGAGGAGGAGGAGGAGGAGUGGCUAGAGGAGGAGGAGUGGCUGGAGGAGGGACUAGAGGGGAGGCGGGGCAGCAGUAGUCGUGACGAUAAUGGCAGCACCACGGCGCUAUGUGACCAGACAGCCAAUAACACGUCGUCUGACGACUUAUACUACGAGUGCAGCGAAUCAGACCCCACAGAAUCCUCGCCGGUGGCCAAUGGGUUAACAGCAGAGUUGGGCCGGGUUGGCGAGGGUCAUCGUCAUGGAAAUGGAGUCAAUGUGAUGGCGAGGUUCUCCCAGAGCAUGCUGGACCUUCGGCCUCACAGCCAAUCAGACGACAGGGGAGUUCUAAUGAGCCAAUCACAGGACCGAAGGGGCCAACAGACACGCCCUCAGCCACACAGACACAUCGGACAGUUGUUUCAGAGCUCCAGGUCGCCAGGUCGUGAUGGGCGCCAGAGGGGCAGGGCUAAAGUCGUCAUUGCCAAACCAGGAAGUGUCCACCGCUCGCCACUAGCAUCGUUCCCUGCGAUUGGAGGACAUCGCUACUUGCAGGGCCAAUCACUGCAGCCCUCCGAUACUCGCUCCGGCCGGUCGCCACGACGACACAGCCCUGCCUACAAAGGGGUGGGACUUUCCCCUGGCCACGCCUCCCCACGCCGAGCAUCCAAUCCGGCAGGAGCUAUGGGCGUGUCCUUCUCCAAACUGACCAAUCAACUACUGAGGGGGCGGUAUAUAGCCUCACAGACAAAAGCGUUGCUUGACAACAAGGAGGUCGGCUAGGAUUGACUAAUGUAUGGACCAAUGGGACGGCUAGGAUUGACUAAUGUAUGGACCAAUGGGUCGGCUAGGAUUGACUAAUGUAUGGACCAAUGGGACGGCUAGCAGGAAGUUAGACAGACAAUGUAACUGAAUGUUGUUGUUUUUUAUGUUUGUCUGAUUGGUUGCUCUGA